GUAAUUAGAAAGCAAUAAUUAAGCGAAAUUUUUACGUGUAACCAACAACAACACACCAUACCAUACAAUUGCACGAGUGUAGCACGUACAAUUGAAAAAAGAACGCGCGUUCCUUUUGUGAUUUGCAAUUUAUAGUGUUUAAAAGUACGUCGCCAUUUUUUUGACAGGCUCGAAUCGACGACGACACACACAAAAGAAAACCAGAGUCAGAGCUGAAAACGAAAACGAAAAAAAACUGUGCGUGCUUGCUUGCGUGUGUUUGUUUGUGUCUGAUGUGUGGUUACGUCUAUGAAUUUUUUAUACAUACCUAGCUACAAAUAAAGCUAUAUACUGCAGUAGCAGCUGUAUAGAGUAACUUAAUCGCCGACAUUAGCAUUAGUAUUAAAUAAAAUUAGAAUUGUGUGUAAUAAUAAUCGAAAACCACUGAUUACCAACCACCGCCAUAUAACGACAGCAGAAGCAGUAGCAGCACUUAUCGACGUGGACACGAUAAGGCCAAAAGGAGAAAUAGUUGUUGGAAGAGUGAGAGAACAACGAGUGCUGAGGAGGAACUCAAAGUAUACGGAUACUAAACUGCAUCUGGCACAAAACAAAAAAGCACGACUGUGAUUCAUAUCCACUACAAUGGCUAAAACGUACGAUUACCUGUUCAAAUUGCUGCUAAUCGGUGAUUCUGGUGUUGGCAAGACCUGCAUAUUGUUUCGAUUCUCAGAGGAUGCGUUCAAUACGACGUUUAUAUCCACAAUAGGUAUCGAUUUUAAAAUUAGAACAAUUGAAUUGGAUAACAAGAAAAUUAAAUUGCAAAUAUGGGACACUGCCGGCCAGGAGCGUUUCCGGACAAUCACCACGGCAUAUUACAGAGGUGCCAUGGGCAUUAUGCUUGUCUAUGACAUAACGCAGGAGAAAUCAUUUGAAAAUAUUAAAAAUUGGAUACGAAAUAUCGAAGAAAAUGCCGCCGCUGAUGUCGAGAAAAUGCUGCUGGGCAACAAAUGUGAACUGAACGACAAGAGACAGGUUUCAAAGGAACGUGGGGAACAACUGGCCAUUGAGUAUGGGAUCAAAUUCAUGGAGACGUCCGCGAAAGCAAGCAUCAAUGUUGAAGAGGCAUUCCUCACGCUCGCCAGCGACAUUAAAGCGAAAACAGAAAAGCGAAUGGAGGCAAACAAUCCACCCAAGGGAGGUCAUCAGCUGAAACUGACAGAGAUUCGAACAAAGGACAGUUGGCUGUCCAGAUGCAGUCUGCUUUGACGUGGCAAUGUGCGUGUGGCACUGAUGCGGCAUGGUGGUAAUAAUUAUGAUAAUGUAUGUGGUAGUAGUUUUCUUAACUCCUGUUAAGUCCCGAAACAAAAACGUUCAACACAACAUCAACAUCAACAAACGCGAGCAAACUCCCUCUGAAUAUGCGAGAAUAAUGAAUGAAUAAUAUUAAUAAUAAUAAUAGAGUACAGCUAUUAAUUUGUAUUUGCUAUACUGAGAACAUGGCCAGCAACAGAAAACGUGUACGAAAUAUGCAUACGAAAAUACUUAUACAUACAAUAUUCAUUUAAAGGUUUAAACAAAUUAACUGACACGACUAUUGUGAAACUUAACCAGCCCGCCCGGCCCGCCUCUAUUGCCCUGCCCCCCGCAUCCGUACUUUACCCUGCUCUGAUCGACCUCUCACUCUGUUUGUGGGAGGGAAAUGCAUAUUUUCAUUUUGAAUUCUUUAUUAUGUAUAAUUUAUAUAAAUUUCCUGUAGCACGAAAUAAGCCGCCAUGGUUGUUCGGAAUUUGUAAAACAAUGACAUAACAAUAAAUUAAAAUAAAUUAGUAAAUAAAUAUAUAUAGAUAUAUUUUAUAUAUAUUUAUUUUGAUAUGCGUAUAAUUUAUAUGCGAUUUCGUUUAUGAAUUCAUUCAGUCCAUUUUCGAGUACACACAAACAGACACUCCUUUAAUUCGUUUUGUAACGCAGUUUUUAGAGGCAUACGCACAAUAAUCAUGCAUAUUACAUCAUGAUCAAUCCAUUUAGAUAUCGAAAUAGUUGUCAUAUAGUCGCGGGUGCUUUUUCUCCAUAUAACAUACAUAGUACAUAUAAUCCACAAUCCAAACUCACAUACAGGGCAUUGUCAAUAAACGAAGCGUUAUAAUCUAAUGUAAUACAUGCGUAUAAUAAUUAAUACUAAUUGCGUGAUUAGAGGAAAGUGAAUAACGAAAUGCGCAUUAUGCAAUACGAAUACGAAUAACAACAACAACAUCAUCAACAGCAGAAGAAUCAGCAGCAGCAACAACAACAACAGCAUCAACAAAUGCAGAGCAGUAAAAUACAUAUUGUGAAAUUAAUUGAUAACUAAAUCUAAAGGCAUAUUUGAUAUUAAUUAAUUAAUUAAUUAUAUAUGUAUGUACUUGUAAUAUUAAUUAUUAAACGUAUACAAUUUUAUAUAAUAAAUCAUGUGCAAGAAA